AUGGCGCGUACCCUGAAACUAUCUGCUCGCGUCAAUUGCAAGUCUAUCAAGUCCGUGACUGUUUAUAAACGCGGUUCUGUCCAGGGCCUUUUCGGAGCGGGAUCGGCGGGGAAGACUAGCAGUGCAGAGAUCGUGCGCGUCUUCCCCCUCAACCUCCAGCCGGGAAACACGAAAAUCGAGAUCACUGAGCUGCCUAGUUGCAUCGACACGCAAUCUGUGCGCGUCUCGGGGCUCGGCGAAGCGCGACUAUUCGAUGUGGUGUGCACGGCCCUCGCUCCGGGAUCCAAGCCAACCGCAGCGGAGGGUGAGGCCGUGCGUCUGCUGCUGAAGGAGAAGCAGCUGCUCGAGAGCCAGCGAAGCGUGCACGACCACGAGUCGGACGUGCUCGUCAACUACGCCAAGACGCUCAAGGGUGAACAUGUCCCCCCUGCGGAGAUGGUUGAGUUCCUGCAGAGUUUCGUGCAACAGGGACGUAAGAAUCUCGAGGCUGUGGCCGAGAUCGAUGAGAAGCUCGUCGCGGUGGAGCGUAAGAUCGAGGCUGAGCGCGAGAAGUCGGCAGCGAGGAAAGGCGCAACCGAGGGACAGGUCGUCAUCGUCGUCGGGGCCGAUAGUGCGACCAGCGUUGAGCUCAAGUUGACUUACAUCGUUGCGAAUGCCGCAUGGGACAGUGCGUAUGAGCUGCAUUCGACCACAACGAACGGCAAACCAGAGUCCGCUGUAUCUCUCCAUUACCGUGCUCGCAUCGUCCAAAGCACCGGGGAAGACUGGACCGAUACGGCACUCACACUGAGCACCGUCGCUGCUUCCACCGUGGUCAAGGACAUCCCUCUGCUCCGACCGAUCAAGAUUCAGGCGCAAGCUCGGGGCGGAGGGCUGUUUUCCAACAACAAUCAUACGGGCUUCAAAAACCAACUCCCCCAGGCCUCUUCGAAUAACAUGGGCCCGCAAGCCUUAUUUGGUCAGAGACCACCGCAGCAGGCUCCUUCCGGCACCUCCAUCUUUGGCUCGGCCGGUGGGGGACUUUUCGGGUCUUCGCAGGCGCCUGCGCAACAACAGCAACAACACCCAGCGACGGGCGCAGCUUUCGGUGCCUUCGGCGGAGGCGGGACCACGACCUUAGCGAGUGCUGCUGCUCCGGCAGACGGCGACAUCGAAGUCGGGCCGUCGGAAGACUUCGAGGAGAUUGCGAUCCCGGAUGUGCAAUCUGGGCCGACGACGAUCGUGAGCGAGACGCCGCUGGCGAUGACCUAUGCUGUCGACGGUAACACGACGGUCCCCAGUGACGGGACGGCGCACCAGGUGUCGAUCGCUAUUCUGCCUUUUGAGGCCAAGAUCUCGCAUAUCUGCACCCCGCGCAUCGAUCCCCGGGUGUACUUGCGGUGCCACGUGAAGAAUGUCAGCGAAUAUAGGCUGUUGCCGGGACCGGUCACUGUCGUGCUCAAUGACAGUUUCGUAUCCAAGACGUCCAUCGGGGAAAUCAAUACAGGCGACACGUUCACGUGCACACUCGGCCACGACGUUUCGACCAAGGUCACCUACGCGCGGAGCUCCAAGACCGUCACAGCGUCGGCCGGCUCCUUCCAAGAGACGAUGAACACAACGACCUACACCACCAAAAUCACGAUCACGAACAAACACGCAUUCAAGCUCGCCGAACUGCUCGUGCGCGACGUCAUCCCCACCUGCGACGACAAGCGCGCCAAGGUCAUCCUGCGCAAGCCGGAUGGCCUGGCGGAUUCGAAAGACGGCGAGCUGGUCAAGCUCCAGCAGGCAGGCCUCCAGGUCCGGUGGGGCAAGGGCUCGGGCGAGAAAGAUGGGCGGUUCGAGUGGAUGUGGAGCGUCGAGUCUGGAGCAUCGGUGGCGCUCGAGGCUGAGUGGGAACUAAGGGCGCCGGCGGAUGUGAGCUGGGUCGAGCAUGUGCCCCUCUUCGCCUGAGGGAUUAAUACAAAAUAUGUUAUAGUUUCUGCUGUACUAGUACAAUCACUGCUCGGAUCGAGAUGAGUGCGAAUGUCGUGA